GCGUGCCGGAGUGGUUAUCGGGCAUGACUAGAAAUCAUGUGGGCUCUGCCCGCGCAGGUUCGAAUCCUGCCACUCACGUUUCCUUUUCUUUUUAUCUCUUUCGACCUUCGUUCAGAAGGUUCUUUUACGUACUUGCCAGUUUUUUUCCCCAUUAAAGACGGAGCACCGUCGACGGAGCUCGGCGAACAGCUAAUGCCCGGCCAUCCAUGCCAAUACCGACGCUUUACUUUUUCCUUUCGCAGGAGCCCGCCGCCGGUUACAUCUGUAGAUCGAAACAAGCAUUUUGAUUCUGCCGACAUGUUAUUUUUUUAGUUCUACGAUGAGCCCUACGAUCUGAUUUCAUAGAAAUGAAAAAGUAGAUUGAAAAUUGUCUGAUAUCAGUUUGAGUUCCGCUACAUUUCCAUGGCAUCAACAAGCAGAAGAUCGACGGUUCCAGAGGACGAGGAGUUCGAACAUUUUGACGAUUUCACUUUGGCAUCUUCAUGGGAAAGGUUCAUAUCUGAGAUAGAGGCAGUUUGCAGGCAAUGGCUGGCAGAUGGCCCUAGUAAUUUAUUGAAGAAGGAUGCUGUUCGCUUGGAUGCCUUUGAAGGACUUUAUAAAGUCAAAUCUGAACUUAAGUAUGCUACUAAAAGCUAUCUGAUGGAGUACUAUUUUGAAACAAAUAAUGAUGGAAAAACAAGUGAUUGGACUCAUGCGUUGCACGAUUUACAGCUCUCUUUUGGGGUGAAAGACUUUCUGGUGAUUGCUCCACUCAGUGCAAGUGGUGUACUUCUUGAUAGACCAGAGGCCACCAAGCUAUUAAGUGCAGUUGCUAUUGCAUUAUCCAACUGUUUCAGUCUGUGGCCUGCUUUUGUUCCAGUUCAUGAUCCAUCUCGUAAAGCUUACAUUGGGAUUCAGAAUAUGGGUACACUUUUCACAAGAAGAUUCGAGGCUGAUCGUAUUGGUAGUCAGGUUCCUGUGAGGCUUAUGCACUUGGAGGGACUAUAUGAGCUAUUUGUCUCUAAAUUUGCCUUCAAUAUGGACUUGUCAGUGCAUCUAUUCAAAGUGAACCUCAAGAUGAAGCUGACCUACAAAUCGCUUCCUUGCGAUGAUGAUGAUGAUGUUGAUAAUGAUACCCAAGAAACGGAUGCUGAAAUACAGGAACCUGACGAGAGUCCCAAAAGCUACAGACAUAACAAAACACAUUGGGAUGAUGACUGCCCUUGGAGUGAGUGGUACACAGCUGAGGACCCAAUAAAGGGAUUUGAAUUGUUUGCCAUAUGGUCUGAGACAAUCAUUGGAAGCUCUGCAGAUAUGGCGGUAUUGGAAAAUGCUUCACCCUUUGAAGCUGAGAAGUGGUUGAUAUCUCCAAAUUUAUCUGAAGCUAUCACUGAUAAUGGGAAAAUCAUUGGAUUUUCAUCGCAAUUGCAUCUUUUAGUUGAUGCUUUGGCUAAGUCUUUUCAGGCUCAAUUCAUGGAGGAUUUUGUUUCAGUUGAGAGUUCUGGAUCUGAAGGCAUAAAGUCUACUGCAGUCAUACCUCCACCAACAGUUCUUGCUCGUGUGCUUAAAGAUCUCUUUGAUAAUGCUGAAGGGGUGGAACUCCGUUUCCCUGAAAGUGAGCCUAAGAGUUCUCGGGCCAUCAAAGGCGCCCCUCUUCAAUCUCUUUUUGCACAGUUCUGUCUUCAUGCUCUUUGGUUUGGAGAUUGCAAUAUACGAGCAAUUGCUGUACUCUGGAUAGAGUUUGUAAGAGAAAUUCGUUGGUGUUGGGAAGAGUCACAGCCAAUACCGCGAAUGCCAGCAAAUGGUGUAAUUGACCUCUCAACUUCUUUGGUUAAUCAGAAAUUGCACAUGCUUGCAAUUUGCAUAGAUAAGAAACGGAAACAUAACCAAAAGCAUAGUCAGGGAAAAGGCGAAUACAAGGAUAUGCUUAAUACUCAUGUCAAGGAAGAUAAUCACGAUUGGAGUGAGAUAUAUCCUGAUGAUAUGCCGGGUUCUUGUGAGGAACGUAACAGAUCUUCUACUACAGAUGGUCCGCGUGAUACUCCCUCUGAGACGGAAAAACUUUAUAAUCAGAAGCUUCCAAGGCAUACUAGGAGAGGAUCAGCUGGUACAAUGGGGUCUAUGAUGCUUCUGAAAUCACAACAGAGCAUGCACACUCCAUACACCCAGGAUCCACUGCUUAUGACUGAAGACAUGCAUGAAGAACGUCUCCAAGCAAUUGAAGCUUUUGGCAAUUCUGUUAUGUUUACAGUUUGUAUAGACAUCAGUAUACACCCCCUUGAGCAAAAAGAUCUAAGAAAUGAAAUGUGUACAAAAUACAAUGACAACAACAACCUAGUAAAAUCCCACGGAUGGGGUUUAAGGAGCUCAGCUCAAUUGGAAAAAGAGGUUUUGUCAUCAGAUAUGUCUGCCUUUAAAGCAGCAAAUCCAGAUUCUGUAUUUGAGGAUUUUAUCAGAUGGCAUUCACCUAGAGACUGGGAGAGUGAUGAUAAUAAUGCAAUGGGAGGGUCAAUAAAAAAGUGGCCUCCUCAAGGAAGGCUUUCAGAAAGAAUGUCAGAUAAAGGAAAUUACUGGAGAAAAAUCUGGAAUGAAGCCCUUCCUUUGCCAGUUUCUGAGCAGAAGCCUCUUGUAGAUCCAAAUCGAGAAGGUGAAAAGGCUCUUCAUUAUUUGGAAACCUUGCGACCUAAUCAGUUGUUGGCUCAAAUGAUUUGCACGGCUUUCAGAGCAGCAGCUGACACACUAAAUCGGACAUCUUUUGGAGGUUUAAAACAAAUGUCAAUCAAAUUGGACCAACUCUAUCUCACCCUGGCAUCAACCUUGAGAUGCUUACAAAAGAAUGACCUUUCUGCUGAUGCUGAAAUUAUUGAUGACCUGAAGCGCCUUUCUUCCAUCUUUGAACAUGUGGAGAAGUUGGUCAUCGUCGCGGCUUCUCUUCAUCGUACCUUCUUGCAGGCGCCACGUUUAUCUGAAGCAAUUUUCAACGACUUUUUCAACUUCUACAUUCCUAAAAUGGGAACUGCUUCAGUUGGGGGUGAUACCAAGGAGUUCUCGAAGAAGCAACGCGUGAGACGACGAGAGAGAGAGGUGGUUGCGAGCAUCUUCACUCCUCCCAACGCCAACCAGUCAUGGAGGAAAGUGCUGAGCAUGGGGAACCUCCUCAAUGGGAAUGAACCAAUCCUAAGGGAGAUCAUAUUUUCCAAAAGAGAAACAGUGGGUGGAAGUUAUUAUGCUACCAAUACUCCAAGGAACAAUGAACAACAUGAGGAUAUAGAGACACACAGGAUGUAUCUAUGUGGAACCUCCAAUGACCUGAGUGUAGCACUUGCUGUUGCCUCUUGUGACUGACUAAUCUUUUAUGCCUGGCUUCCAAUGAAACUUGGAGCUCCAUUGAUAUGAGGAUUUCUGCAACUCUUUUCGGUUUUCUUCACAUAUAUAUAAAUUCGAUUCCGGUUCUAUUCUAAAUGAAAUUUCCUCCUCAGAUCCUAUUGCCUUGUGGGAUUUUACUGGGUUUGCUGCAAGCUGUUGUAGUCUACAUUAACUUGAUGAAGCUUUUUACAGGACUUUUCUAAAACCUUGUAUGGGAAUCAACCUCCUAACUUUGAAGUUCCUACAAACCCGUCGGUAGGGGAGGAAUUGUGUGGGCUGUGACCAAUGUUUUGAAAACCGGACCGGACGUCAACUCGAACAAGGUAGUGGGUCAAGGGUUGACCGAUCGAACCGGUUGAACCGGAGGUCAAUGACCCGGUCAACUAUGUUUAUAAUAAUAAUAUUUUAUGAUAUAUUAGAUAUUUUCAGUUAAUAAAAUAUUUUAAUUUAU